AUGCACAUCAACGACAACGAGCACCGCAUCCGUCUUCUGAAAUCAGAGUGCAUCACGCUUAGGAAAAAAAAUGAAGAACUUGGUCGAAAUCUCGCUUGUUUAUUAUCUCCUCCCGAUGCGACGCCCAACAACCGUUUUCCACCUGAAGUGCUAAGCGAAAUAUUCGGGAUGGCGUUAGACGGCGAAUCUUUCAAUGCGUCAGAUACAGAGAAGGGUCCUUGGGCGCUCAGCCAUGUAUGCCAUUCAUGGAGAUCUGCGGCAUGUGGUGAUUCUACGCUCUGGACGUCUUUCCUCAUCGGCGACAGCUCAGUCUGUGUUCCCUACUACUCGACAACCCCCUCGUCUAUGCCUAAACCUCGGAAAGAUCCUGUUUCUCUAUUAUCGACUGUGCUAUCUCGUUCGAAUCAACGCGAUAUCAGCGUUGCGUUCAAUAUCUCUAACAGCAAGGUCGAUAUCCAGACGAAGGCGACGAUAAAAACGCUCCUACGGAACAUCAUCGAGCACUCGACGCGGUGGAAGGAUAUCAGCUUCUGCAUGCCCUCUGAAUUAGUCCUCAUGCUGAAUGACGUGGAAGGCAACGUCCCUCAUCUGACGAAGCUACACGUCGCCUCAUCUCGUUCCUCCACCGUUCCUUUACCUUCAAUAACCGCUUUCAAGGCAGCGCCGGUCUUGAAGGAAGUUUCUUUCGAAGGAAUUGGUGUCCACAAGUUCGCAGGUCUGCAAUGGUCUCAGGUGACGUCCCUGACGGACAUUCAGGAGGGCACGGGUAGCUGCAGAACAUACACGGAUAUCUUAUUUUCGGCUCCUCAUCUUCGAACGUUGAUCUUCAAAUAUCGUUCCGAAGGUCCUCUCCUGCAGAGCCAGGAUCCCAUUUUCCACCCCGGCUUGCAGUCCCUCACCGUCUGUUCCAGCAUUUUCAUGGAGGAAGUGCAGCUUCCGCACUUGACGAGCUUGACGGUGAGGCCUCGAAUAGAAAAUUACAUCAUCAAUUAUUCCAUCAGCACGUUGAUCGCUUCGUCUGGAUGCUCGCUCCUAUUUCUGCAUGUGGACUUUCCUGUUAUAGACAUCGACUUUUUCGACAUCCUUCGUUCUACACCGGAGCUCACUCAUCUGAAACUUCAUUAUCCCCAGUGGCACUUCUCGAAUGACGAAGCUCUUAACGAUUUCGUGCUUGGUAUGGACGAAACACUUUUUGACACUCUGGAGUACGAACUUUUGCCUGUGCUGGAGUCGCUAGAGAUCACGAUACAGGCAGACGAGGAUCGGCUAUCCCUGUCUACGUUUACCUUCCUCAAUUCGUAUUUUCUUGACAUGGUUUUUGCGAGGUUGACGGUCGGCGCACUGCGGUCUAUGAAGUUUGAGGCUGAUACUGAAAGGUUGUUGGGGGAUCUUGCCUUCAACGAUAUUAUUCGGCUUAGAAAGAUGAAGGACGAGGGGGUCAAUAUAAUGGAUGAUGGCCUGCGAAGUGCUGCACGUUUUUCUAGUUGGAUCAAAAAAAACAUCACUAAUAUUACCCGACUGCUUGGAGACUAUCUUGGCGGCCUCCGGGUGGCGUACUGCUGGCGCUUGCGACUUGAGCGCCCUCCAUGCUUACCGCAGCGAUCCUGGGGACCGGGAUGCUCCUGGUCGGCGGGCGAGAUGUGCCUCGUCGUCUACAUGGAGAAUCGCCGGCAGAUGAUUGCCGCGUACCUGUGUCUCGUUUCGCAUAUUAGCAAUGGCGCUAACGGCCCAUUGAACCCGAAUUUCUGGAAGCCUUGUGGGCUCUUGCGGUAGCGUUUGCUAUCUAAUGAUCGCGAAUCAUCGCUACGACGUGUGUUGCUCACCCAUCUCAUGGUAUUGUACUAUCCAUUGUAUCCUUAUUCAUUGCUCCUGGAACGGACUGACGAAUUCAGAAUAUUUUCAUCCCUUACGUACAUAGCAUAUCCUCAUUCAAAGUGUAGUUUAGAUCUCUUCCUUAUUCAUAUAUCUCCUUAAGUAGUUUACUAUACACCUCCACGAACCGUCAUUCUAACAAAUGU